AUAGUCGCAGUGCACGGUCUCGGGGGUCACCUUUUUCGAACAUGGACACACGAAAGCCAAUGCUGCUGGCUAAGGGACUUGUUACCUGUGGAUAUUCCUGAUGCACGGAUCAUGACUUUUGGUUAUGAUGCGAAUGUAAUAGGAUCGUCGAUGAACACCUUUAAAGACAGCGCCCAAUUGCUUCUACAACACCUACUUCUAAAGCGUGACCCAGAGCAGGCUCUAGUCAAAGCAUCUUCAUCCCCGGUUUAUAAAGCGAUCCGGGCAUCUAUCAUCGGAACUAUAUUCAUGGGAACACCGCAUCGAGGAUCUUCCGUCGCCUCUUUGGGGAAAGUAGUUGCCAAUGCUGCCAAGUUGUGUUCCAUCGGCAUCUCAGUGUCGCAUUUAAAUAGUCUUCUUCCGGACUCGCGGGAACUUUCCGAACUUUCUACUGAAUUUGGUCAGAAUAUCUUCAGUCCUCCAGUGAAGGUGAUCAACUUCUUUGAAAGCAAAAAAACCAAGAUCGGUCUGAUGAGAACUCCUAUUGUACCACAUUCUUCCGCAAUUAUGGACCCCAUUGGACCUAUCCAAGAGGGUAUUUCUCUAGAUGGAGAUCAUCGCCAAAUCUGUCAGUUCUCCAGUGGAGAUGACAGUCAAUAUCAACUUGUUCUUCGAAACAUCCAGUCGAUUUUGGCCCCAGGCUCUGAUGGCUUAUCAUCUCAGGUCGACAACCCCAAAGUGAAGCAAGUCUGUAUAAUCUCGAAAGCAUACUGCCACGGCUGCAAUAUCGUUCAGUCCCUUGGCUACAGCCGGUCGAAGGGACGUGUGGAUGGGUCUUUGACUGUUUGCCCGUCCGGAAUCUACGAGCAGGUAAUGGGCAUCAAAUGCUCUGGAUUCAUGGUCCACCAGGUAUCGUCCUCGAUUUCAUAA